AUGUGGCAGCGGGGAACCCCGCCACUCGCUGCAGAGCCCCACGCAGGCUUCAUUCAUCUCAAUCCGGUGUUCUCUCCAUCUUCAUCGUCAUCCUCCUCACCGAUGGCUCGCUGUCUGCUCGCGUUCCUCCUGCUCCUUACCUCAGAGGUCCACGCCCAGGGUCGUCUGAAGCUCACUGUUCUGUCGGAGGACCGGCUGCAGAUGAAAUGGCGGGAGGCUGACGGCCCCGUUCAGGGCUACAAGGUCCGAGUCAAGCCCAUCGCAGACGUGCCCCAGCCGGAGCUGAUGCUGACCACCACGCGGGGGCGGGCCACGGUGGCCGGGCUGGACCCGGCCCAGGAGUACAACCUGCAGGUCCUGCUGCUCAACGGCACGGCCGAGAGGCUGCUGGCCAAGAGACGCUUCACCAUAUCUGGCCUGAGGGAGGAGGAGCUUCUGCGUAGCGGAGGUCGCGACGGGAAGAGGAGGCUGUCGCCGAUUGGCUCGGGGUCAGGUGACCUCGAUGACGUCACAGACGCCCUGCUGGGGGUGCCCACCGUUCUGUACCAAGACACGCCCAGACCGACCCGACCCGUCCCCACCAGUGCUACCAGUACCACCACUACCAGCGCCACCGUCGCUGGUACGACAGACUCUACAGACCCCGCCUCCUCGGACUACGAAGACCCUCCCCCAGAUAGGACACCCAAGGAGAAGAGGAAGAAGAAGAAGGAUAAGGAGAGGCCGAAGGGGAGAGAGAAGGAGCCGAAGAGAGAGGCUCAGAACAACCCGAGAAAGACCACCCCUUCACAACCUACCACAGGCGGCUCCUCGCGGGCCCCGGUGGACUGUGUGGCGGAGGCCCCUGCGGAGGUGGUCCUGGUGGUGGACGGCUCCUGGAGCAUCGGCAGAACCGACUUCAGGCGCGUCCGCGAGUUCCUGGAGGGCGUGGCCAGCCGCUUCCGCAUCGGAGCCAAUCACGUCCGCUUUGCCCUCACCCAGUACAGCUCGGACCCUCGGACCGAGUGGCAGCUCAACAACUUCACCAACAAAGAGGACCUGAUAGAGGCCAUCCGCAGCUUCAGAUACAAGGGAGGAAACACCUUCACAGGCCAGGCCCUGCUCCACGUGAUGGAUGAGACGCUGGGGGCGGAGUCAGGGGCCCGGCCGGACACGCCCGUCUUCCUGAUCCUGCUCACCGACGGCAAAUCACAGGACGACGCCGUCACCGCCGGCAACCGGCUGAAGGCCACCGGCGUGGAGAUCAUCGGCAUAGGUCAGAGGUCACGCCCUGUGAUGUCACGUCCUGUGAUGUCACAUCCUGUACACAUUCCUGUAGCAAGCAGAGGAACAACGGCAGGAUCCAUCGGAAUGUGUUGUGGCAAUUUCUUUAAGAGAGAAUUGCGUCUAGGACAGAUGAGACUUCUAAAUGAAAAAAGCACACAAUACAGAAGAAUGCGUAAGGGGAUGUUGGUGCACCCAGCGGGGGUCUCCCCAGAACACACCAUCAGCCUGGUGUUCCGUCUGCUCCAGUCCACCCCGCGGGAGUCCUUCUCUCUCUGGCAGAUCACCGACAACGACUUCCAGCCCAAGAUGGCCGUUGUGCUGGACCCCACCACCAAACACCUGGUGUACCUGAGUCUGGACUACCGAGGGGAGGUCCAGGAGCUGACCUUCGACCAGCCGCAGGUCCGCAAGCUCUUCUACGGCUACCACAAGGUCCACCUGUCCGUCAGCCAGGUGAGCGUCUCCCUGUGGGUGGACUGCCAGCGGGUGGGCGAGAGGGCGGCCCGCCCCCUGGGGCCCCUGCCCAGCGACGGGUUCGAGACCCUGGGAAGCUGACCAAGACCAGGGGGCCCGCGCAGCGGCUCCGUCCCGUUCCAGCUCCUCUUUGAGAUCGUCUGCAACACCACCUGGGCUUCAGAGGACACCUGCUGUGACCUGCAGGCCUGGUCAAGAGACGAGGAGAGCUGCCCUCCUCCUGCGUACGCGUGCACGUGCUCCUCAGAAGUCCCCGGCGCCCCGGGACCCGGGGGGGGACUAGGGCCCGGCGUCCGCGGGGAGAAAGGAGAGAAGGGGGAUCAAGGUUCAAAGGGGGAAGUGGGGCCCCCAGGGCUGCCUGGGUUUGAGGGGGGCCUGGGGCCUCUAGGAAACAGAGGGCCCCCUGGAGCUCCUACCCAGGGGAAGAUGGGUCCUCCGGGCGCUCGCGGGGAAAAAGGAGACUUAGGAAAGCCGGGAAAUCAGGGGGCCCCUGGCCUUGUGGGGGCUAAAGGAGAGAUCGGGCCCCCAGGCCCCAGGGGCAUCAGAGGUCUGGAGGGGAACAUCGGCGCUCCAGGUCUCACUGGGCCCCGGGGUUCCCAGGGCAUGCCCGGACACCCCGGCCCGUCGGGGGGGAGGGGCCCCUUUGGGCUGGUGGGGCCUACGGGCCUUCCAGGAAACAAGGGCGAGAGGGGGGAGAAGGGGGAACCACAGUCUAUGGCCAUGAUCUACCAGCUGGUUACACAAGCCUGUGAACAGCUAGUGCAUAAGGAGGUGAUGAAGCUGGACCUGUUCCUGAAUGAGGUGAGCCGUAAGCCGGCCCCCAUAGCGGAGCCUGAGGGCCCCCCCGGAGAGCCAGGGAUACCGGGCGGGGUCGGGUCCCCGGGACCCCGAGGCAACCAGGGCCGCAUCGGCCCCAGAGGAAUGCCGGGGAGGACGGGCUACCCCGGAGAACAGGGGAGGCGGGGUGUGAGCGGGGAGAAGGGAUCCCCAGGGGCCAACGAGCAGGGCCCCCCGGGGAUCGCAGGACAUGCAGGUUCAGCAGGUGAAUCUAAGCUGGGAGCCCCCGGGCCCCGGGGGGAGGAUGGUAAGCUGGGGCCCCCAGGUAUCCUAGGGGCCUCUGGGCAGCCCGGAGAGGUGGGCCCCCCCGGGGUGUGUGACAGUGCCAACGGUUGCCAGGGCAACGUACAGCAAGCCGACCCCUAUUAUGGAUACCAGCCCUGAGCAGCAAGGAGCUAUUGCCACCGCCGCGACCGCAACAGGAAGGUGCAGCCCCCGUAAGGGUCCCUCCGGUGGAGGCUUCGAAGGUUCCGCUGGGGGGGGUGUGGGGGCCAGGGCCGGAGCCGCUGAUAAAAGCACCGCAGAAGAAGACGUUGGACCUGUGACCGAAAAACAGGCCUAUCUAAAAUAAUCGUAGACCUCCCGCAUUAAACGGAGGACAGCAGUUUUAUUAUUUUCUAUCAUUGAGCAAACAUUCUGACAUGCUGAGUUUUUUCAAAUUGUGAAUGAGUUUCACUUGUAUGAGAGUAAACCAUCUUCGCACUGAAAUGUUCUAUAUUUUGUAUUUAUCUCUGAUGAUGUUGAUAUAAAUAUAUAUAUAUAUAUAUAGAAAUAUAGACAUGCACUGUAACAUGUACCUAAGUAAAGAGUUCAACUCCCUAACUACAUUCCUUUCUCUAACCUCACUGCCUCAAUGAAAAGUGCAUAUUAUUAUAUAUAUACUACAUGCUCUUUUACAUAAGAGAUUUGUUUCAUAUAAAGUAAAUAUAAUUUUAUAUCAAAAGUGCUAUUUUAUAUAAAUACUAUGUUAAGUACAUGCUAUUUUGUGUCAUGUACAAAGUAUUUGUUCCUCAUAUAAAGAGGUAUACUUUUAUAUAAAGUGUGUGUUCUUUUAUUAGUGUAGAAGUUUGUAUACUUUCACAUUAAGUAGAUAUUCCUUUAUAUAAGAUGUACUCUUAUAUUUCCUUUAAACUAGCCUGUGUGCUCCUUGUUCUUUCAUAAAAAGUAUGUUUUCUUUGACAUAAAUGAAACUGUGAUAAUGCCUGUAGUAUGUGUAUGAUGAAUUUGUAUAUUGUGUUAACGUUCCCCGAUAAUUUCAUUAUCUGUUGCUAUUUCUAUGUGUUAUUAUCUUGAUAAUCUAUGUUUACAUUUCUGGACUGCUUUAUUAAAAUCACUUAUUAUAAGGUUA